GUAGAAUUUAAUCUAUUUUUAUUCUCCACCAACCCUUCAAACUAACUAAUCCAAUUUUCAUUCUGAUUCACCUCUAUCCAUCUUAACAACAGAUGCAGAACCAAAAUGCUUUAGGAGAGAUCAUAUUACCUUCGCAAUCAACCUCGGCUAUUCCAAUUGUUGCACCUCCAUCAGAAAUUGGAACUGGACCCACAACACCAAAGUCACCCACACUAAAGAACUCGGUAGCCACCAAGCCUUCUACUUCUGGAAAACGACUUUGCCGUAAUAUCAUUAUCCAUGGGUACUGUAAAUUUGAAGGGAAAGGCUGUGAGUUCAACCAUGAUGUGAGUCCGGAAACUAAGCCUAAGCUACGCGUUAAUUCGCCAGCCUUCAAACCCUCCACACCUUCAUCAGUAUCUGCUGAUGCUCCUGUCUUUGUCCCCAAAGCCCCAGAUGCCUCGUUGUCAUCCUCAGCUGCUGCUUUCCAAGCCGAUCAAGCAUUCGAUCCAAAUGUCCGAGAUUACACCCCUAAUGCUCCGUAUUUUUCACCGCAAAGUCAAACACAAAGCUAUGCGUCUCAACCAAAUAAUGUAGCCAGCCUCGCCAAUAACUUCUCUCAAUUUGGUUUCGGUGAUGCAUCACCAAUGCAACCUGAUAUGACACCAAUGGCCGCACAGGCCACUCAGCAAGCACGACCCUUCAAUGGCAAUAUGUUCGAUUCAACUCAAAUGGAUCCCUACUACUAUCAGAACCAGCAAGUUUAUCCACAGCAGCCACUGCAACAUCACUUGUAUAGCACCCCCCUUCCGCAUGUAACCAAUUUACAUCCCCAUCAAAAGUCGAUACAUGCAUUCUUCAUGUCAGAUAGUCUGAGGGAAGAGCUGACAGAAAGAAACGAAGCUCUGCUUAAGACGGCUCCUGAUUUAAAUCUUCCGCAAGAACUGCAUGUAUACCAUUCUCUUUAUCCGUUGGAUUUUCAGCAGGAGAAAUCCAGCCAGCUUUUUGGCCACACAACUUCUGUUUACAAAGCAAUGUGUACAUUGGAUGGUCGAACCUAUGCACUAAGACGUAUUGAAGGAUUUCGAUUGAUGAACGAGCUAGCAAUGUCCACAAUUGAAAAUUGGAGGCGUAUAAGGCAUGCCAAUAUUGUAUCUGUUCGCGAGGCAUUCACAACAAAGGCCUUUGGAGAUCACUCUCUCAUUUUCGUUUACGACUAUCAUCCAUGUUCUACCACACUUUUCCAAGCUCAUUUUAGCAAUGAAGCACAGCAGACUGGCGGGAACAUUUCAGAAAAAAUUAUUUGGAGCUAUAUCACGCAGAUCACUUCAGCUUUGAAGGCCAUACACUCAUCCAGUCUUGCUGCACGAGUGAUUGAUCCAACCAAAAUUUUGCUGACUGGUAAAAAUAGAAUACGAUUAAAUUGUUGUGGAGUGCUAGACACAAUCAAGUUUGAUGGCGGCCAGAAUCUUGCUCGAUUCCAGCAAGAAGACCUAUUGGCAUUUGGUAAACUGAUUGUUGCUCUGGCAUGCAAUUCACUACAAGCAAUUCAGAAUCUCCCAAAUUCGUUUGAGUAUAUCAGCCAUUUUUACUCGCCAGACCUCAAGAAUGUCAUUCUGUAUCUUUUGAGUAAGCCCAUGCCUACAAAGUCCAUCGACGAGGUCAUCUCCUUGAUUGGUCCCAAGAUAUUGCACGAAAUAGACAGUGCGCAUCAUCACAGCGACUUCUUGGAGAGCGAGCUGAGUAGGGAAUUAGAAAACGGUCGCCUUUUCCGACUAUUGAUGAAGAUGAACUUUAUCAAUGAGCGCCCAGAGUUUGAUAUGGAUCCUAGCUGGUCAGAAACCGGUGAUAGAUAUAUCAUCAAAUUAUUCAGAGAUUAUGUUUUCCAUCAAGUAAACGAGAAUGGAGCUCCUGCUUUAGACAUGGUUCAUGUCCUGACUUGUCUCAACAAGCUGGAUGUCGGAGUGGAUGAAAAAAUUAUGCUGAUGUCCAGAGACGAACAAUCAUGUUUAAUUGUUAGUUAUAAAGAAAUUAAGAACUGUAUAAUAUCUGCCUUUAACGACUUGAGGUCUGGAAGGAAAUGAAUAAAAAUAAAAAUAAAAACAGCCGUAUACAUUUGGCUUGCACCGCUAAUA